GAUGCUCCUGGAAAGUUCAAUAAAUCAUGUUCAUUACUAUUUGGUGGUGAGCUAUAUGGAAGGUUUGAUAAUCCUUACCCCAGCGAAGAAAGCAUGGCUUUAUUAUUUGGAAUUCAUCCAGAAGAAGCAGAACAAAUUGUGAAAAAAAUUUUUGGUGAUAAUGCUUUAAAUGAGUUAACAGAGGUGAAGCAAGCCAGAAAAUUAGGAUUAACUGUCGAAAUUAUCAAAGUCAAUGAACUACCAGAGUCGGCAACAAAUGAUACAGAGGAUGAUACAACAUCGGAAAAUGAAGAUGAUUGGUUACGUUCUUAUUUUAUUCGUGAAUUUGAAGUUCGUGAAUUUGAAUCUCCUGAUGCAGAACCAUUUACUAUCGCUGUUGGUCAAGAUCUUGCACCCUAUACAAUGGUUGGGAUGUCUAUUCACGCCGACUUUCAUCAAUUGUCGAAUGGUUGA